CCUGCUCGGCCUGUAGGGGCGCAGCACUGCAGGAGAGGCCAGUGACAGACAGCAGACUCACAGAGGAAGAAGGACAGCUGUUUCCUUCACUCCUGUCUUUAUUUCCCAGUUUUCACCUUUAAGUUAAAGCCCAGUCUCGAUGGCAGCCCGUCGCCUGGUGGAGGUCUACCUGGACCUCUUGUCGCAGCCGUGCCGCGCGGUCCAGAUCCUGCUCAGCUGCAACCAGGUCCCCCACACGGUCCGGACCGUGGCUCUGAGGAGAGGAGAACAGAGGAGUCCGGACUUCACUAAGUUGAACCCCAUGCAGAAAGUCCCUGUGAUGGACGACAACGGCUUCGUCCUCACUGAGAGUGAUGCCAUCAUGAAAUACCUGGCCACCAAAUAUAACAUCCCUGAGCACUGGUAUCCUCUGCAUCCAGAAAGACGAGCCAAAGUGGACGAAUACACGGCCUGGCAUCACACCAACACCCGACCACAUGCUGCCAAAGUCUUUAUAAUGGAGGUGCUCCUCCCGGCUCAGACGGGCUCUCCGGCGGACACGGCGAGUUUGAAUCGCGCUCUCUCUCAGCUCGAUGACACUCUGGACAAACUGGAGUCCAUGUUUCUGCGCAGACAGCCGUUCCUCUGCGGCGAUGACAUCACUCUGGCCGACCUGCUCGCCAUCUGUGAGCUCAUGCAGCCGAUUGGAGGAGGCAGAGACGUCCUGAAGCAGCGCCCUCUACUGCAGAGCUGGAAAAGCAGAGUCCAGUCUGCUGUGGGGGAGUCCUUCGACCAAGCGCACGCUGCUCUGUACGCCGUCAGGGACCGCCGCAAAGCCAAGCUGUGACAUCAUCGCAGAGGGGCGGAUCUCCGGAGUGAUGUCACGCGGAGAGGCGGGGCCUGAAUGAAGGACGGGCUAACCUCACUUAUAAUCAAUAAUCCUGCAGCUUUCUUCAGAUCUCAUGAGCAGAAAGGUUUAAACUCGCAUAGAUUUGAAAAUGUUUGACUCAUUUUUGAGCUGUCAUGAUUCAGUGGUUGAAGACGUGUCGUAUCAAUGAAGCUGAUUAAUACCCGGGUUUUUAAAGGAUCGUAAGAAAGCUGUCUCAUGUGAUACUCGCUUGUUGAUCAUGACAGCAGCUUUACAGCAGAUGAUUUAAAGUAUAAAUAAUCACAGGAGAAUAUAUUCAUAAUCCUAGUCUUACAUCACAGUUUGAACAUUUAGAGCUUAUCAUUAAAACAGGAUCCUGCUUCUCCAGGUUUAGUGGACAAAGACCUGAUUCAAGACCAUGUGAUCAGUCAGCUCUUUUAAAACUGGAGCGCUUUAAAGUCUGAGAAGUGGAUUGUUGAGGUCUCGUUUUUCUCUCUGUGACUAACAUGUUGAUUUUUGUGAAUGAAAUGUCAGCAGGUCUCAGAGGUCUGCAGUUCACCCUGCCUUUAAAUCAUUCUUGUAAUUAAAAUAAUAAAGUUUAAGAGAUUUAUUUUCACAAAA